ACACAGCAUGUGGAUGAUUUUGAACUUGUGUUGGCAGCCAGCAGUGACUGUUUGGAUGAAAAUCCUUGGGGGAGUCACGGAAUUUGUAGCCCAACACAUGCUGUCAAAGGACCUGAUCUAUUCUGAGACAGCCAAGGAAGUGAAUGUCAUAGAGAACAACACAAAGAGAAACUAAUUUUCUCAUGUAAGGUAGAUAGACCUAUUUCAUCACUGAGGUUGUUUAAAAUUUGACUGAAAGUACUUAUGCAAGAAAUCUCUUCCUGUCCCAGCAAAGUGCACAGUGAAAAUGUGCAUUGCUUUGUUCAUUCCCUUACCUGGAAGGCUCCUCAGUUCACUUAUGGAUGUGAGGCUAGAAGGGAGUUCUUGGCAUUUGGUCACAAACAUUUCAGCCCUGAGAUAUCAAAAGGUACAGCUAACUAUGGGUGAUGAUUUCAGCAUAACAAGGAUGUGGGGGCUGGGAGGAGUAAAAUUCUCUGAUGAAAUAUUUUAAAAUGAUGCUGUGUCUGAACACGCUCCUGCAGUUUUCCAUCCUAGCUCUGAUCUUCAUUACUUGUCUUCGUAAUUUGGAUGAGAGGCCCUUGAGGUUUGUGCAACAAAGUUUUGGAAUGUGCACUGAAGUAAAUCUACAAUAUCUUUGCAGUCUCUGAAGGAAAAAAAAAAAAGUAGUGGAGAUCUCAAAAUCAAGCUGGCGAAAGAGAUUUCAGAGAGAAAGGCAGCAUAUAUAGGGAGCUUCAACUAAUGUGUGAAAACAUUUGCUUGGCUCUAUCUCAUCCAAAGCUGCAGGAAGUUUUCUCUAAACAGUAGCUAUUUCUGCUGCAAUGGACAAAGGACUUCACUUUAUGUUCAGUGUGGUUACAGCUGUGCUGCUCCUGAGAGAAUCAAGCCAGACAGGAGCAAUGAGGAAUGAUGAUGCUAUGAUUAAGGCCAAUGACUUGAGGGGACCAGAAGAGAACCUUCCAGCUUUGACUGUCACAACGAUCUUGGAAGAUCCUUAUGUCAUGGUGAGAAGUGCAGAACUGGAGGGAUACUGCAUUGAUUUGCUGAAAGCACUCGCUUCAAUGCUUCACUUCAGCUAUAAGGUGAAGGUGGUGGGAGAUGGGAAGUAUGGAGCCAUCUCUUCCAAUGGGAACUGGACAGGAAUGAUUGGAGAGAUUCUGAGACAGGAAGCAGACAUAGCAGUGGCUCCCUUGACAGUCACAUCAGCAAGGGAAGAGGUAAUCUCCUUCACUACACCAUUCCUGCAGACUGGGAUUGGAAUCUUGCUUCGAAAGGACACCAUCUCUCAGGAGAUGUCUUUCUUCCACUUCCUGGCUCCUUUCAGUAAGGAGACCUGGACUGGCCUCCUAUUUGCUUAUGUGCUGACGUGUGUCUGCCUCUUCCUUGUUGCCAGGCUGAGCCCUUAUGAAUGGAAUGAGCCAAAGAAUGAAGAGAAUCACUUCACCUUUUUAAACAGCCUCUGGUUUGGAGCAGGAGCGCUCACAUUGCAAGGUGUCACCCCUCGGCCCAAGGCGUUCUCUGUGCGGGUCAUCGCUGCCAUCUGGUGGCUCUUCACCAUAGCUUUGCUGGCUGCUUACAUCGCCAACUUCACCGCGCUGUUGAGCUCUGGCAGCGAGCAGCUCCCGAUCCAGACUUUUGAAGAUCUUGUGAAGCAAAGGAAGCUUGAGUUUGGGACACUGGAUGGCUCCUCCACUUUCUACUUCUUUAAGAACUCCAAGAAUCCCAUCCAUCAGAUGAUCUAUGAAUAUAUGGACAAGAGACGAGACCACGUUUUAGUCAAAACCUACCAGGAAGCAGUUCAACGUGUGAUGGAAUCCAAUUAUGCCUUCAUUGGUGAAUCCAUCUCUCAAGACCUUGCAGCCGCCAGGCACUGCAAUUUGAUCAGAGCCCCUGAAGUUAUUGGAGCCAGAGGAUUUGGCAUUGCCACUGCCCAGGCAUCCCCGUGGACUAAGAAGCUGUCAGUUGCUGUCCUCAAACUGCGCGAAUCGGGUGAUCUUGACUAUUUGCGUAACAAAUGGUGGGAGUCCAGCUGCCUUCACCAGAGCAGAGACAGAUGGAGCCCCCUGCAGCCCCAGGCUCUGGGUGGGCUCUUUCUUACUCUUGCCAUUGGCCUUGCAUUAGGAGUGAUUGCAGCUAUGGUGGAGCUGUCAAAUAAGAGCAGACAUGCUGCUGGACAUGUCAAGAAAUCUUGUUGCUCCAUUUUCACAGAAGAAAUGUGCACUCGUCUACGUAUAAAAGAAAAUACAAGACAAACCCAGGAGACUUCAGGGAGGGCUAAUGCUUAACAAAAAUUCUUAAGGAAUGGGCAUAUAUUGUGGUUCUACCACCUAUAUGUCAUAGGAGCUACAUCACUGUAGGAAGAUAUUUUUCUGCAAGAGUAGAGUGUUAGUUUCCUAAUUACAAACACAGUACUUCUGGAUUGAUGGUGGAGCUGGUUAUAGAACAAAACCAAGCAGCUUGGAAGAAUUUGAAUUGAUAAGAGGGAGAGUGCAACUGCUAAAAUUAAGGGAGGUUAAGAUGGGUGAUCACAUCUAUAUUUAAUUUAGAAGUUUACCAUGUAAGUGCAGAAAUGCCUGCAGGAAUAAGUGACUUGGGAUAGGUUAAUAUGAAGCCUCUGCAUACUAAUUAUAGAAUGAGGUGCAAUCUUGAAAAUUAAAGCUUUUAUCUGACUCUUCUAAUCAAGAAUAACUGCUUCUUAAGAUUUUAAUUUUAAAUAGAAUGUAUUUUUGCCUCCUUCUAGGCAAAUGAUAGUGAUCACUGUGAAAGUCAUUUCUGAAUCAGAAAGGACAUUACUGAUGCAUCCAUCCCAAUAAUGCAGGAUUUAACUGUAUUCUACACAAAGGCCUAAAAUCUGAGAAAGGGAAGCCUUACAGUUAAGGAACUAGAUUUAAGAAAAGUCUGUUUUCCAUCAGAAGAUAUGUUUCCUUGUUUAGCUACAGAGGACAGUUUGUCUAGUUAACUUGACUAGGAACUAUUUAGGAAUAAGAUUCAUACUUUAAAUCCAAGAGCAGUAGAACAUGAACGCUGGCAAAGUCAAUUAAAGUACAAAUUCAGUAGGCAAGGAUGAGUAACGGGCAUUUUUUGUUAUUUUCUUGCUGUCAGAGAAGAAUCUUUGAAGUUCAUGGGGAACGGUUACUUUGGUUACAUAUUAAAUAGUUUUCUAAUUAAGUUGUUUUUCAUUUCAGAGGUGGAAUGGCUGAUGCACGCACAGGCAGUUUUGCAAAUUCAGGGUUAAAUAACUGCAUUUACGUACUGCGCAGCUGAUGGAGCAGGGCACAAAUUCAGUUCCUUAGAAGUGGUUUUAACUGCACUGCAUGAACAGAGAGACUAAUUCCUCUCUGUUCCAGCAUUAAAUAACUGAAGGAAACAGAAAUUAACAUGUCUGUGACAGGGAUACAGCUGGUUGUUCCCGAAUAAAGUGUUCAGAUUCACUCUGAAUGCAAUGCAGACUUAAACUUCUGAUUACUGCUAAGUAAUUUAGUAUGGAUGCAGCCUGCCUCUCCCCCCCCUCAGCUUGUUAAUAACAGUGGAAGCAGUAGGAGUUAAGAGUUCUUUAACUGGUGGUAGUGCUGUUCAGUUAUCUACUGUGUGCUCUCACAUUGUGACAGUUCUGUUUUAAAUGCAGCUGACAUAAAGUUCGUUAGAGUAGGAGGUGGAUCAGUCCCUCGACCAAAUUAACUGCAAAGAGCAUGAGAUUGUUUAGGUAAGUUUAAAAGCUGACAUGGAAAAAUACAAUGUCAGGUUGACUUAGCACUUUAAAAACUAUUUGGUAUGCCAUGUCACUGCUGGCAGAGUAGGCAGAGAUGUAUAAAAAAAGGUUUCAUUGACAUUUAAAUAUAUUUCUAUAUGAAUGUCUCACAGAACAAAAAAAUAAAGUCUUUUCAUC